AUGGCGGCGGCGAAGAAAAUGCUCGAGAGAGUCCUCUCGCCGCGGCGGCCGCCGCACGCCAGCGAGGAUGUCGGGAAAGCGGAGGACAACGGAGGCGACGAAGCAGGCGACGAGUCCAAGACGCGAAAGCACAUACCGGCGGCCGUGUGGAUCUCCAAUUAUCUGACCCGAAACGGAUACCUGUGGCCCAUUAUUCUAAUCGGGCUAAUUGUCAUUGCCAUAUCGUCCGCGAUUAUCCACUCGCGAGAUUUGGUCUGCAUCUCGGCCUCAUCCGCCGAUCACAUAUCGCGGUUGAAGUUCUUCGGGUUUGAUGGUUUGGAGUCGGAUUUUGGAUCCCUCGGCGUGCCCUGGUGCAGAUCGAAACACGGUGAGAAUGUGGAAUGGACAUCUAAGGAUUUGCUCAGAGGUCUUGAGGAGUUUGUGCCAAUCUACGAGACCCGGCCCAUUCAGAACAACAUGUAUGGGAUGGGCUUCGACCACAGUUUUGGGCUUUGGUUUAUCACAAGGUGGCUGCAACCAGACUUGAUGAUCGAGAGUGGUGCCUUUAAAGGACACUCUACAUGGGUUUUGAGGCAAGCAAUGCCACAUAAACCCAUCGUCUCACUUUCGCCACGUCAUCCAGAGAAAUACUUGAAGAAAGGUCCUGCUUAUGUCGAUGGGAAUUGCACAUAUUUUGCUGGAAAAGAUUUUGUAGAUUUUGGUAGCAUAGAAUGGGGAGGGCUGAUGAGGAAAUACGGGAUUAAAGACCGCAGUCGGGUUCUUGUCUUCUUUGAUGACCACCAAAAUGAACUAAAAAGAUUAAAGCAAGCACUGAAAGCUGGUUUCAAGCAUCUGGUUUUUGAGGAUAAUUAUGAUACUGGAACUGGUGACCAUUAUUCAUUCAGACAAAUCUGUGAUCAAUUUUACGUAAGAGGCGGUGGACACAGCUGCUUCAAAGAAAGCGACGAGGCCAGGAUAAGACACAGACGAAAAAAAUUCUGGGAAAAAGCUGUCGAUAUAAACGAGCUGUGUGGGCCCGGGGAAGAAUGGUGGGGCGUGAGAGGGUACAUGCGGGACGAUUUUAACCACAGCAACAAACCAAUUUCUUACAACGAACAUUUUCAGAACAGCAGAUUUGUCGAGUCGGUUCUCGACGUGUACUGGGAGUUGCCCCCAGUGGCGGGCCCCUCUCUCACUCAUCAGACGAGAUAUGACCCGGCCCGUGCCCCUAGCCCGAUUGUGGAGGAUGGUAAGUACGGUUUAUUUCGAAGGCUUGGGUUGUUACAGUUGGACUCUUCUGUAUUUAACGGGUAUACACAGAUGGUGUAUCUUCAGGUGUCUAGACCGGGAACAUGA